CUAAGCUUAUUAUGUAUUGAACCACAUACCUAACGGUCGUGCCGUCGGACUUCGCGAUCAGAGUUACUUUAAACUUAUGCUUGAAUGAGCAAUUCACAAAAACUGAUACCAAGGGCAAUUAAAGACUAGUUACGUGCUUCGCGUUUAGUCUUCCUCCUAAUCAGUCGCGCUCAUCGAUGGCGGAGAACACCUUCCUUAUAUCAAACAGGAGGUGGUGUGCGGCUUUGAACCAUAUUUUUGUGUCGCUCGCAAUUCCUGACGGUUUGGUGAUGGACCCGUUGGCGCCCACCGCGCUUGCAGUCUCCUCGGACUUCAUGGACCGCAUUGGCAGUGGGCUAACCAUACUUAGAGAUCACGGCAAAAAAGUUCAGAAGUAUGUUUGGAAAAACAGAAAAUUCGACAUUCUCAAGAAGUCUUGGAAGUCUAUGGUGAAUGUCGUUUUAAUUGAUGCCAAAGAUACGCCGAGCGGCAGUGCCAAUGGACUAUAUUGUAAAUUUCGGCUGGGCAGCGAAGGUCACAAGUCGAAGCAGCUGUCAAAGUCGAAACUAUCAUGGUGUGAGCGAUUCAACUUGUACUUAUACGAUGACAACAACUUGGAAAUUACAGUCUGGCACAAGGGGAAGCAGAAGAGCUUUAUGGGCAGGUGUGUCAUCGACCUCUCGCAACUGGAAAAGGAGAAGACCCAUGAACUGUGGCAGGAACUGGAGUGCGGUCAAGGCUCCAUACAUUUGCUGAUUACUUUGAGCGCCACUGCGAGAGUCAUGCCCCUGGACAAUGUGCCCACGACAACUGCCGUGCAACACGCCACUCCCGAGGGAGAUAAGUUUUCAUGGUACCGGCUCGACAACAACUGGGGUGAGGUCGGCGAGCUAACCGUCACGGUGUAUGGCGCCGAAGGGUUGAGCGCGCUCAGCAUCAGCGGGAAAGCUGACUCCUACUGCGUGCUGGAGCUGGACAACUCCAGGAUACAGACGCAUACCGUGCCUGGGACUUCCGACCCUAUGUGGAACAAGAGUUAUACUUUCCCUAUCAACGACGUAACUUCUAUGCUAACAAUAACAGUAAAGGAUGAAUCGAUAAUCAACACAAUGAAAGACGAGACUCUCGGGAAGGUAUCGAUACCGCUGCUAACAAUAGUGAAUGAUGAGAAAGCCUGGUUCGACCUCAACAAUCGAUCGAAGAAAUCUGCUACAAAGGGAAACUCCCCGAAAAUUCAAUUACAAAUGUCCAUCGCGUGGAACCCGAUAAAAGCCUCAUUCAGGUUAUUAAGUCCAAAAACAAACAAAUACACGGAACCAACGCCGAAGACUUUCAACAUUCCCCUGAUAUACAGCAACUUGAAGUUCAUCAAGGAUAUAUUCUAUGCCGUUUACUAUGGAAACGAGCAUUUGAAAUAUUUGUUUGAGUGGGAGAAUCGUGAGAAGUCAGCGCUGGCGCUCUCGGCUUGGCUGUUGUUUUGGUACUUCUUCCGAAUGUGGAUGACGCCUCUUCUAGUCCUUAUUCCCUUCCUUUAUUUUUGGGCUACACGCAACUCUGCUAACCUGAUGCCUAUUUCCCAUUUCGAUGAAGAUUCGUCUGACGAAGAUCUGGACACUACCAAGGAUGACAAAACAAUAAAAACUCGUCUAUACGAGCUACAAGAUCUCACGUUUACGAUAAAGGAUGGGAUAGACUACGUUGUCUCUUUACUGCAGAGGGUUAAGAAUUUGUUCAAGUUUGCGGUGCCAUAUCUAAGCUACCUCGUGAUGACUGUUUUGUUUGCAGCUGCGAUUGCAUUCUACAUUAUUCCUGUUAAUUAUAUAUUUAUGGCUUUAGGUAUUUACAAGUUUAUGCGCAAAGUACUGAAUCCUGACAGGAUUCCUAACAACGAUAUUUUGGACUUCAUUUCAAGGAUACCAGACGACAAAAUGCUGAAACAAUGGCGUGAACUAAGAGUGCCUGAAACGAACUUCAACAGAUCGUAUUCUCUGAAGAAGCGAUAAACUUCGGAAGAUAUUAGGCGCUACACACAAUGCGCUACAUAGCGUAGUGCUCUAACAUGUGCAUCUUUAGCACCGAAGUGCUCAGUGCCUUGUGCGAGUUUUACAGGUUAACGUUCUCGAUGCUUAAAUUAUCAUACAACUUAUUUAAAAAGCAUUAAUUUUAGAACUAUUUAUUGACUAUUAAAAAGCUGUCAUCGGAUUUUGGUCGCGUUAUAAACGCGGACUCUCAAGAAAUAGUAAACAUUAUUAUCCGGCAAAAUGAAAUCAUGUGAUGUAACAUACGACAGUCAAUUUUAGUUGAGAUAUAGUUACGUAUCGAGAGGGUUAACUUACAAAACUCGGAAUGCACUCUAUCCCCGGCUGUGACGUCACAAGUGACGUAGGCUGUGCCCGCCUCCUUGCACAACCCUGUGCAAAUUAUCUAAAGACGUCAUUAGACGAUAAAGCUCAAAUCCUAUUUAUAAAUAAGUACAUAUUUAAUCAUAUAGGUGAUAUUUAAUUUAAUUUGCCAUUCGUUAAAUAAAUUAGCGUUUAGAUAUUAUGUCCGCAUGCAUUUUAAAGUUAUUUCAUUGUAGAAAUAUAGUUCUUUUUUAUAAAUGGUUUGCGGAUUUGUCAUACAUUUUGUAUCACGUCAUGUUAUCAUCUUCCUAUCAACUCAUUGACAGACAAGAGCAAAUAACAUGAUUAUUUUAGCCAUGUUUUGCAUAAUAAUAGAUAUAUAGUAAUAGUUACUCAUUGUACAAACACAGCAAUAAAUUAAGUAAUUAGGAUUAUAAUGAAAUUGUGAUGAUUAGGAUUAAGAAUGGAACGAUAAAUAAUAAUUAUUAUAUUCUUAUA